GCCUCUCCCCCUACCAAAUCCUCCUCUCAUUCACACUAUGACGACCAUUCAUGCAUCUGCUCACGCAUGCAGACAAACAAAUCACACAUACGUCGAGGCCUUCAUUUUUGUGCCAUGAGCUCCACCUAUUUUGAAGACCCAGCAGUGCCCUUGUCUCAACAAGCCGCUACGGACCGCUUUUGUGAAGGCGGUGUCCAGCUUGACUUCACAAGCACUGGUCCGUGGGGUGAGGCAAAGUAG